AUGGCGAUUGAGGUGGAAUGCAACGGUCGUCGUCUGCAACUGUUGUUCAUGUCCACCAUUGUUCUGCAAUUUUUGCUUGGGGUGGAGAGCAAGUGCGACUUGUUCACGGGUACGUGGGUUUGGGACCAAUCCUACCCGCUUUACCGACCCGAAAUGUGCCCCUUCAUCGAGCACGAGUUCGCCUGCCAACGCAAUGGCCGUCCCGACCAACUUUACACCCAUUUCCGGUGGCAGCCCCUUCAACAUUGCUCCUUUCUCAGAUUUGACGGUGUGGAUUUCUUGGAGAGGAUGAGAGGGAAGAGCAUAAUGUUUGUGGGAGAUUCACUGAGCAGAAACCAAUGGCAGUCACUCACUUGCAUGCUUCAUUCUUCCAUCCCUUCUUCCAAUUACACAUUGACACGUAUCGAUGAUCUGUCCAUCUUCACUUUCACGGAAUAUGGAGUGAAAGUGAUGCUGGAUCGGAACGUGUAUUUGGUAGAUGUGGUGAAGGAACAGAGAGGCAGAGUAUUGAAGCUUGAUUCCAUUGAAGGCAGCAAGCUGUGGCUUGGCGUUGAUCUUCUCAUCUUCAACACUUGGCAUUGGUGGAACCGCAGAGGCCCCUCUCAGCCAUGGGAUUAUAUUCAAUUAGGAAAUGAGGUUUACAAAGACAUGGAUAGAAUGAAGGCUUUCCAAAUAGCUCUCACCACUUGGGCUUCUUGGGUGGACGCUCACCUUCAUCCUCCAAAUGUCAAGGUUUUCUUUCAAGGCAUUUCACCCUCUCAUUACAAUGGUACCCUAUGGAAUGAACCGAGCGCCAAGAGUUGUGCCCGGCAGCAGACCCCGGUGAGCGGAUCUACCUAUCCGGGAGGGCUGCCGCCGGCGGUGGCGGUGCUGAAGAGUGUGCUAGAAAAGAUGAAGAGCCCAGUGACGUUGCUUGACAUCACGAUGCUCUCAUUGCUGCGGAAAGAUGGACAUCCUUCAAUGUAUGGGCUUAAUGGCCCAACAGGAUUGGAUUGUAGCCAUUGGUGUCUCCCUGGUGUUCCUGACACUUGGAACCAAUUACUUUACAAUUUAAUCCUUUGAUAUUUUUAUUCAUGAUUCUUAAUUGAUUCUUACAUUAAUGUACCACUGCCAUCAUUGUUUCUAUUUCAACUACAUAAUCUUUAAUUAGACUUCUUAUGUGCAUUGUAUUGGUA